AGCGGAAGAGCGCGAGUCGCGCGCGCGGGCGCGCUCGUGCAACGGCGGCGGGGCUCGCUCUGCGCGCGUCACUCGUCCGCGCCAAGCCUGGGGUCUCAGGGCAGCGGCAGGUCCGCCGUGAAGAAGGUGUUGCCGAAACACCUGGUCGAGAUCUACGACGUAGAUGUCCAGCUAGGGAAGGGCGCCUUCAGCACGGUUUGGCACUGCGUCCACCGGGCCUCCGGGCAACCGCGCGCCAUGAAGAGGAUCGACACGUCGGAGCUGUGCCCGCGCGAGAUAGCCCACGAGAUCGCGCUGAUGCGG